AGCUUUGUUAUUCUUUUCUCAAAUGCGAGGGUUCAGAUUGCAUCCUGAUGACAUUACUACUCGGGCUCUGCUCUGCGCCUUUACAAGUUCGUCUUCUUUGCACCAAGGCCAACUGGUCCAUUGUUAUGCACUUAAGAUGGGAUUAUGCCGGAAUAUCGCAGUCUUGAACAGUCUACUUGCAAUGUAUACAAAAUGUUCAGAUCUUUAUACUUCAUUUGAUCUUCUUUUUAAGGAUAUCAAUCACAAUCAUGAUAUCGUCUCAUGGAACACAAUUCUUACAGCAUGCUUGCAGCGCCAUCAACCCGAGAAAGUCUUUCAACUAUUAAAAGAACUGCAGAAUUCUUCAAACAAGCCUGAUCAAAUCACUCUGAAUGCUAUAUUGUGCGCUUGUGCUGAUCUGGCCUACCUAGACAUGGGAAAUCAGAUCAAUGCCUAUGCGAUAAAACUCGGUCUAAACACUGAUCCAAUGGUCUGUAACGGGCUGAUUGACGCAUAUGCAAAAUGCGGAAGCUUAGACAAUGCCCGAAAACUGUUUGAGCUGAUGGGUGAUAACCGUGAUGUAUUCUCAUGGAGCAGUUUGAUCGUCGGCUAUGCUCAAUAUGGUUUCGGUAGAGAAUCUCUCGAGCUAUUCACUCUCAUGCAAGACCUGAGCAUAGAACCAAAUCACGUAACAUUUGUUGGAGUUCUUACUGCAUGUAAACACAUCGGUUUGGUAGAUGAAGGCUUGCAUUACUACAAACAAAUGGAAGCAGAAUACCACAUUGCACCAACAAGAGAGCAUUGUUCAUGCAUCAUUGAUUUGUUAGGUCGUUCAGGAAGGUUAAUAGAGGCUGAAAGAUUCAAAGAUGAGAUGCCAUUUGAAGCUGACAUUGUGAUGUUGAAGACAUUGUUAGCUGCAUGCAGGGUGCACAACAAUGUGGAAAUUGGGAAGAGAGCUGCAGAAGGGAUAUUGAAGAUGGAUCCAUUUAAUUCUGCAGCUUAUGUUCUGAUGUGCAGUAUUUAUGCAUCUGCUGGAUGUUGGGAUGAAUUUGCAAGGUUGAGAAAGGCAAUGAAGAGUAAUGGUGUGAUAAAAUCUCCAGGGAGGAGUUGGAUUGAGGUUAAGGGAGAGGUCAGGGUUUUUAUAGUAGAAGACACUUCACACUCUGAAUCUGAUGAGAUUUACAUGGUGUUGGAUGUGUUGCAGAUGGAGAUGCUAGAAGCUGGAUACUCACCCAUGCCACUAUCUUGGCAUGAGUGAAUAUAUAUAUAUAAUGAAUAAACUACUAUUUGUUAUAAACAAAUAUUUUUACUGGAUGACUACUGUAGCAAUUUUACUGUAACAACCGGCAUUACUAUAGCAACUUCUAGA